AUGCCUGAAAUGAUUUGCCCUGCGUGCGAUAAGAAACUUGCAUCAAUAACCAGCUAUAGUCAGCACCUCGCUCAAACCAGCAAUCCUGUUUGUCGAGCUCUGUACCUCUCUUCAUUGGAACUUAAUCCUCCCCCUACUCCAGUACUGGACCCAUCGCAACUCGAAGGUGAAUACUUUGGGACAGAGGACGAUUUUGAGUGGCAAGGGUUCGAUGAACAGCUGGACGUUGACGAACAUGGCGAACCUGGAGAUGAGGAGCAUUCAGAUGAUGAUGGGGACGAUGAUGGCUUCAAUGAAUGGGAACCUCCUCUUCCGCAGGAGUCUCACUCCACAUGCCACGAUAAUGGCGAAUCCGAUGACUCGGGAUCAACCCCUGUCCCUGAUGUCCCACAACAGCGGGAAGUUCGGCAUGAACAACCCAUCAUUGUCAAGUAUCCUUGUCAACAAGCCGGACAGCCUGUUAGUUUAACUCAGCAGCCUAGCAACUCUACCUAUCAUGCUCAACUAAGUCCUAGCUCGACAGUGUUUUCAGAUCUUCUUUCAAUCGAGGGUCUCAGUGAAAAGAUUGGACUCUCCUUCAAGAACUCACGUGAGCUGAACAUGAUCAUCGACAAUGAACUCCCAGGCCGUCCCAAAUUCAAACGUGAACAGAUCAUCAUUGCGGAUCAAGCAUUCGAUAUUUAUUAUUGUGACAUAAUUGAAUGCAUUAAAGCUCUUUUUGGCGACCCAAAUUUUGCCCAGUAUCUUGUCUUCGUGCCCGAACGCCAAUACGCUGAUGAAGACAAGACCGUUCAUUUAUAUCACGACAUGCACACUGGUAAAUGGUGGUGGGACUGCCAGAAAAAACUCGAUAAGGAGUGCCCCGGUGCGACAGUAAUCCCGGUCAUAAUCUCAUCUGACAAGACCCAGGUGACGAUGUUUCGCAACAAGACCGCAUAUCCUGUAUAUCUGACUAUUGGGAAUAUUCCGAAAGAGAUUCGUCGGAAGCCAUCGUGUCAAGCCCACAUUCUUCUCGCAUACCUCCCAACGACUCGCCUCGAACAUAUUACAAACAAAGCCUCCCGAUGUCGCAUGCUUGUCAACCUUUAUCAUGCUUGUAUGGGACCUAUACGACGAGGUCACCCUGUAUUUGCGUGCUUCGUUGGAGAUUAUCCAGAGCAAGUCUUAGCAACUGGAGUCAAGACUAUGGAAUGUCCGAAUUGUGAUACUCCCUCCGAUGAACUAGGUUUAUCAGCCAGGGACGCAAACUUUCAGCCACGAGACCUAGCCGCUGUACUUGAUGUGCUGGCCACUCUUGAUGAAGGUGGAGUAGCCUUUGUUCACGCAUGCACGGAAGCUGGCAUUAAGCCCAUCAUUCAUCCUUUCUGGGAGACACUACCGCUGGCCAAUAUCUUCGAGUCUAUCAUGCCAGACAUCCUCCAUCAGUUAUACCAAGGUCUUGUGAAGCACCUCAUUGCUUGGCUGUCCAAAGCGUGCAGUAGUGAAGAGAUAGAUGCGCGAUGCCGAUGCCUUCCUCCUAAUCACCACAUUCGACAUUUUAUGAAAGGUAUAACAACACUUUCACGAUUAAGUGGCACCGAGCACAACCAAAUCUGUCGGUUCUUACUUGGCAUCAUUAUUGAUAUCAGACUCCCCAACAAUAUGUCCUCUGCCCGACUUCUCCGUGCCGUCCGUGGUCUGCUCGAUUUUCUAUAUCUCGCACAAUAUCCGUGCCACAGCUCUGAGACGCUAGCUUUCCUCAAUGAGGCCCUUGAGCUCUUUCACGAGAACAAGGAUAUAUUUGUUGACCUUGGAAUUCGGAACUCAUUCAACCUGCCUAAGCUUCACUUUGUGCUUCACUAUACUCACAUGAUUCAAAUUACUGAAUACAUGGAGCGUCUCCAUAUCGACCUUGCAAAAGAUGCCUACCAGAAGAUUCUGCGCCACGAACAAUAUAUUCAGUGGAGACUUGGUGCCACAGAGUUUCAUCCAGGACAUCAGACUCGCCCUCCGGAUAUGUCAUUUGGUCGUUCUCAAACAAUGACGAAGCAUCCGACUCUGAAGGCCAUUACAUUUGACAAGAUCAAGAGCGACUAUGGUGCUCCAUAUUUCCGCGAAUCACUGGCACGUUACAUUGCUAGAGUUAGACUCAGCUUUGUGAAUCAGAACACCAUGAUUACACCUGCGCAGCUCGAACAUCAUGCGGUUAAUGUGCACAUACCCUUUCAAGCUGUACCAGUGUUUCACAAAGUCAAGUGGGUAUCAGUUGACGCUCGUGACCAUGGUGAUCUCCCAGUAACCGUCGAUAGUGUUCAUGCAUGCCCUGGACGGCGUUCAGGAAAAUUUGCAUCUGAUGAUGUUGCCCCCUGGUUUGAUACCGCGCUAGUUAAUGAUGGCACUGGAGGGCCAGUUGGCAUUGAGGGAUAUCGAGUUGCGCAGGUCCGGGUGAUUUUCUCAAUCCCUCCUAAGGCCAUCCCUAUGCUAUUUCCAUCAACAUUUCGCCCUCCGAAGCAUUUGGCUUACGUUGAAUGGUUCUCUGCAUUUCGUGCACCUGAACACAAUCAUGGACUACACAAAGUUUCGCGUGUUGUUGUGAAUGGGGAACACAUGGCUAGUAUUAUACCUGUUACUAAUAUAUAUCGUAGUGCUCAUUUGAUUCCACGUUUCGGCCAUGUUGCUCCUCGUGACUGGACUUCCACUAAUGUUCUCGAUGAGUGCCCACAUUUCUUCGUUAAUUCAUACUUAGAUAGACAUACUUUUGUAACUUUGCGCUAG